AUGGCUCCUGAAAAAAUGGAAAGAAAUGAACAAACUACUAAAUGGAAUAUAUUAUGGCAGAGAAUUGAAGAAAAGGUUGGAUCAUAUUGUUGUUCAUAUCGUGGAAGUUUAUUUGGAACAAUACGUAAACAUACAUGGUCAUGUUUAAAAGGUCAAUUGGAAAAGUUGAUACGUCUACUAGUCAGGCAGAUCUUUCCAAAUGGAAAUCAAAUGAUAAAGUUCGAUGGUGGUUCCGUACAAAAUCCUGAAUGUCAAAAUCCUGAAUGGUACAAAAUCCCGAAAUAUUGGCCAACAUUACUAAGCAUAAUGCUGCCUGGUUCAGGAUUUUUGGGAUUUUGA